AUGAAGAGCAGUAAACAAGAAAUAAAAAUUAUACUAUGGAAUAUUGCAGGAAUUAAAAACGCUAAGUAUGCAGAUAACUUUUUAGAACUUGCUGAUAUAAUUAUUUUACAGGAGACGUGGGUAACCAAGGAAGCACAAAACAAAACGAUAAAAUCGCUAAAUAAUAAGUAUCACUGGUGGUGCAAGGCCGCAGUGAAGCGAAAGAAUAUCAGAGGCAGAGCAAGCGGUGGACAGUUUCUUGGCAUAAGGAACAGCAUGUCCAAAAACUGA